CGCGCGGGAUCUGUGUAGGCUAUCACGCGCUCAGGGUAAUCUGGGUCCCCGUUCCUCCCCCGGGAGUCUUCCUGGGCCCCGUUGGGUCACCGUGACCGCAGCCAGAGGCUGGCGACGGCUGCUCCUUGCGUUCGUCUUCCAUCCCGAUGGAAGAGCUUCCCGGGAAGCCCCUCAGCUGUGCGGAGAAGGAAAAGUUGAAGGAAAAGUUAGCUUUUUUGAAAAAGGAAUACAACAGAACACUUGCUCGCCUUCAGCGUGCCAAAAGAGCUGAGAAGGCUAAGAACUCUAAGAAGGCAAUAGAAGAAGAUUGUGUGCCCCAGCAGGAAAUCUCCUCACAGCUAAGCCACUCUGAAUCUGUAAGUAAAAGCUUUCCUUGUGACCCAUUACAAGGCAACCGUCUUGAUGAGGAAACUGGAGAAAACAUCUCUGUGAUACUUGGUGUUGAACCUCAGUCCUUUAGCCAUAAAAAUGGCCAAGGAGAAAUGUUCUAUACGCAAAGAGCAAGUGACAUCCAAGAACAGUUUUUGCACAGCACCAGCAGCCCUGACUGUAAGAAAGGGCAGAAUACACUUCCAGGGAGAACAAAGAAGCUAUGGGAGGAAACAUCUGUUUCACAGGAGAAAGAAUAUAUCUGUGACAUUAAAUCUCUUAUACUUCCUGGCAAGCAACAAAAGACACAAGAAGCAAUCGAUAGCAAAAGUCCUAGGUCCCCGGUAACCGAAAAGACUAACCUUUUAAGUCUGAAGUCUAGAACGCCUGACUCUCCAGCCCUUGCUACAGGAAUUGACAGGGAGAGUAUACUAAUUCCACCAUCUGGCAAAUCUGAAAGGGGUAUUGAUACACCUGUAAGAGGAAAUAAUGUCUCCACGGAAGCUGCAGUUCCUUCCUGCACAGUGUCAGACAGCAAUCCUAGUCAAUGCCUUGAACGUACACCUCCUAACAGUGACUCCAAAGUGCCCAGUUCUACUCAGGGCCCAGCUUCAUCCACAAGCCCGGGGACACAAGACAUGAAAAUGGCUGCAUUUACAGAUGACCCAGGAGCACAUGAAGCUGAGAGUGCCGGUGGUCAGUGGCCGGGAAGUCCUAACUCAGAGGCAGGAAAUUCAUGUUCUAUAAAUGAUAUCCCUCACAGUAACUUGCCAGCAAAUACUUCCCAAAACUUUAAAUCUUUGGAAUCUCAUGGUAACAUUGUUGAUGACAGAAAUGGGAAUCUUCAGAAAGAUGAAAGUCUAGGUCCAUCUAAGACCCUCAGCCCAGCAGCACUGUCUUCUCCCCCGACAGAAACUCAAGUGCAUUCUUGUACGAUGCUUGAGGGCCUUCUGUUUCCUGCAGAAUACUAUGUUCGAACAACCCGUCGGAUGUCAGACUGUCAGAGGAAAAUAGCUCUGGAAGCUGUAAUUCAAAGUCAUUUGGGUAUCAAAAGGAAAGGGCCUAAAAAUAAAAAUCAAGCAACUAAGAAUGUAGUACUCUCCGGUGAAGAAACUGACCACAGUGGAAGUAGUGUGUUGGACACAUGCACAGCACAGUCAAGUUCAGGAAGUCCCUCUCAGGAACUUCUUUCAUCAGCUGAGGUCAGCUCUCUCCCAGGACCUGCUGAAGCUAACAAUCGAUCUAGGAAGGCCACUACACGGCCACCAGGUAGAGGACACAGAGGAAAACAAACAUCAGUCCGUGCCUCCACACUGGAUCGCUGUCAGCUGCUUUUCCCUCCUUGCACCACACUGGCUCUUAACAGGUCCAAGAGCAAAUUCUCCAAGCAUAAGGGUCAGAAUGGAAAAGUGAUUAUUCAUGACUUUGAAUUACCUGAUGAAGACUUUGGGCCUCUUAAGCUUGAAAAAUUGAAGUCCUACUCAGAAAAAGUGAUUGAGUCUCCUGAUUCAAAAAACUUUGGCAAGAGGCUUUCUAAAAAGGGAAAUUAUGCUGCUAUGGGGGAACUGCAAAUAGAUCUGGAAAUGGAGGACUUGGAUGAGGAAUUCACCAUUCCACCAGGAAAAGCACACCAUCCAGGGCCAACCCUGAAAAGGCAGCCUACAAGCAAGGGCCUUUCUUCAUCCAUAGUGCUUUUCACUCCCACAGACAGUGCUGCAGCUCACGACAGCGGCAGGUCUGCUGCCUACCUGUGUUCACCUGCUUUCCCCUUCUUAGGCAUGACUCCUGGUUCUGGCUCCCAAGCCGCCAGUGAGAAUGUAUCUGCUGAGGCUGGACAGACUUGCUCUACAUCCCACUUGGGAGACACAAGCCGUCUUGCUAGUAACAAUAAACAAUGCAACAGUUCAGCAAGCUCACCAAAACUGGAUACCAACCUGCAUGUGUCAGGUAGGCACGGACGGCCUGCCUGUGACAGUGACUCUGGCCCCCAAGCAGCGUCUCUACCCAUUGAGUCAUUCACUUUCAGAGAAAAUCAGCUCUGUGGAAAUGCGUGCCUCGAGUUACAUGAACAUUCCAUUGAACAGACUGAAGUCGACGAGCCCCCUGCUUGUGACAGCUUGAACCCAGGCAACCUACAGUUGGUUUCAAAGUUAAAGAAUCCUUCCAGUUCCUGUUCUGUGGAUGUGAGUGCCGUGUGGUGGGAAAAAGCUGGUGCUAAGGAGCCGUGUAUCAUAACUGCUUGUGAAGAUGUAGUUUCUCUCUGGAGACCCUUGGACACUUUGCAGUGGGAAAAAGUUCAUACUUGGCACUUCACAGAGAUCCCAGUAUUACAAAUAGUUCCAGUGCCUGAUGUUUACAAUCUUAUCUGUGUAGCUUUGGGAAACUUGGAAAUCAGAGAAAUCAGGGCGUUGCUGUGUUCCUCUGGUGAUGAAAGUGAAAAGCAAGUCCUUCUGAAAUCUGGAAAUAUAAAAGCUGUGCUUGGCCUGACAAAGAGGAGACUAGUUAGUAGCAUUGGAACCUUUUGCAAUCAACAAGUACAAAUCAUGACACUUGCUGAAGACGGAGGCAGUAAAGACGAACAGCUUUUGAUGCCCCCUGAUGAGACAAUACUGACUUUUGCUGAAGUCCAAGGCAUGCAGGAUGCCCUGCUUGGGACUACCACUGUAAACAACAUUUUGAUCUGGAAUUUAAAAACCGGCCAACUCCUGAAGAAGAUGCACAUCAAUGACUCUUACCAAGCUUCGGUCUGUCACAGAGCCUAUGCUGAGAUGGGGCUCCUGUUUGUUGUUCUGAGUCAUCCUUGUGCUAAAGAGAGCCAGGCCUUCGGGAGCCCUGUGUUUCAGCUGCUAGUGCUUAACCCUAAGACAGCUCAGAGUGUGGGUAUUCUGCUGUGCUCCCUUCCACAGGGGCAGGCUGGAAGGUUCCUGGAAGGGGAUGUGAAAGAUCAUGUUGCGGCAGCAGUCCUGACUUCUGGGACAAUUGCUGUUUGGGAUUUGCUCCUGGGUCACUGCACUGCUCUCCUCCCACCUGUCUCUGACCAGAGUUGGUCUUUGGUUAAAUGGUCAGGUACAGAUUCUCACUUGCUAGCUGGACAAAAAGAUGGAAAUAUAUUCAUAUACCACUACUUUUAAGAGGCAAAUAGUUUUCUGGGUAUUUUGCCUCUUAAUAGUUUUUUUAAAAACAGUAUAAUAUCUGAAUGACAUGAUUUAACAUGGUUACUUGCAUCCAUCUCCCACAACCUUAAUUUUAUUCGGAUGGUGGUACUACUGACUGAAUAAUUUGUUUAUGCUUACUUUGAGGUUAAUAGUUUUAAGUCCAAAUUUGCACAUUUGAUAUCACAGGUGUACAUAAGCAAUAAAUGUUAAUAAAUAUUUAU